CCUCGCCCCUCUUCUCCGCCUGGAGCCAUCCACAGCAUGCAAUCGUAACCCCGAGGCUCCAAAAUGCCCGUUCCCGAGCUCGAUGUGCUCCGACCGACCAACCCCGCCAGCGACUCGGAGGACUACUUCGUGCUGAGCAACGCAUGCGUCGUCCACGAGAGCAAUGGCAAGCCCGCCAGCCUGCUGUCUGCCUACGCAGAUGUCCCGUUGCGCGUCGAAGGGAGGCUCGAGCCGCCGCACCGCAGUAUGGCCAGAUGCCUGGUGAAGAGGCCCUACAAGCCCGUCGACAUCGUGAUCCGCAAGGUCUCGCGCUUCUCCUACGGCCUACAGGGCGACACAGUCGUAGUAUGGGCCAUGGGCGAGGCUGGAUGGUUUGAGCUGCGACCGGCACGCCAUUACAAGGCUAUCUUCGACAGCAUGACCCAGGCCGUGGAGCUGCUCUACUUCUUGGCGGAUAUAUACAGCGAGCCGCGCAAGAGGGGCGGCGGGCCAAACGCACGAUUGAUAUUCCAGGAGUACGCCGAAGACGAGCGGUUUGCGUGCAACGAUGUUGCAAGCGCCGAGGAAAUAUUUCAAAAGCACCACCAGUUCCUCAUGAUGCGAUUUUUGCACCGAGCAGAGGACAUUGGGUGGAGCAACACGCCAAUAUACCAAUACUUCAAGAGACAGUAUCCCAAAGUAUUCGAGUCCGUAAAAGCGCGGAAAGAGGGUCGCUACGACAAAGUCCCGAAAGAGUCACAUUCCACAAAGCCUACAGCAACACCAACAGCGCAGCCGUCCCGCUCUACUCGGAGCCGAUCACACGCGGAGAAGCCUGCCGCGGCACCGAAAAAAGACGAUAAUUGGUGGGAAUCGGCUGCCAUAUACGAAUUUAUACGGAGCGCCGUCAACAAGCGUGUGCUGCGACCAGGACGUGACCAGAUCACCGUCGAUCGCGUCGCAGAGCUCAUGACGAAGCGUUAUGAGAUAGAGGAGGCAGACAUAGCGCGUAACGUGCUUUUUGUGCAUGCGAGGAACUUGUGCUAUAAAAUGGACCACCCACGGAGCAAAAGCGCCAGUUUUCUUGCGGAUGAGCCCAUCUAUCGAGAACUCGACAUGGGACAUGAUCUCCCAGCUGCAGACAUCCGAAAAGCGCAAGCCGUGGAGCUCCGACCAAGGAAAGAUCACGCACCGCUUGAAAGGGCGGACUCGGACACCUCAUCAGAUUCUGAGCCGAUAGAAAAUGUUGUGGUCACGCCACAGCGACGACCAGAUGGCAGAAAGAAGAGAGGUCGGCUUUCUGUCUUGCGGCCAAAGAGCGGCAAGUUCUCCGGCAAAGGAAAGACCGUACAAUCGAGGAAAGCACCAGGUUUGGAGGAUAACUCGAGCGAAGUCGCAGACUCGAGUGCAGCGUCUGAAGAUGAAGAAGCAGAGAGUGACAGCGAGGGCGUCGCGGAUAUAGAAAUCGACACCCCAACACACGCAUCAUCAUCCAGUCGCGAAAAGCGCAAAUUACCCAGCAACGAAAAUCAUGAAGAAGGAGAAGACGGACCACGAAAACGCGCAGCUUCCUCAUCCAUCUCACCCGAAUCGAUCCCAACCACCUCAGACUCAGACACAGAAGCCGCAGCGGAGGCAGACAACGAAGCACCACUGCCCCUACGGAAACGCCCGAACCAAACCCUAACGAACGGCAAGCACCCCGAAACCCAGCUAAAAUCAAACCUCAUCGCCCCGAUCGUUUCCACGCCCCUGCCCACCUAUGAAGCAAAUGGGCCUAGAGAUUCCUGGAUCUGCACAUUCGACGGCUGCCAUCAGAGGGUGUACGGCGCAUCGAAACCAAUUGGGCGGCAGUUGAUUACUGAACAUCUGGAAGACCAUGCGAAAGGGCGCCAGCAGGUUGUUGGCGUUGUGUGGAGGGAGAAUCAGAAGCUGGCGCUGCCUGUGAAUAAUCUCCUAAAGAAGAUACGCGAAAUGAGCGAGUCUCACGCUCCCCUGUUCCCUUCGCUGGGUCCGAGCAAUUCGGCGAUUUCCCCGGAGCCGAUAAGGAGAAUCUUGUAAGGCGUGGGCGCUUGUGCGGUC